AUGGUUAGCACGCGAGUGCCAAGCGUUUCCCGCGCGCGUGUCGUGCUGGCAGGUCUCGUCACGGCGUCGUGGUACGCGCCGUCCGAGACGUCCUCCGCGCCAACCCACCCCACGCCGCUCCGCGUCGCCCUCGUCGCCUCGUCCGACGCCUCCGAUUCGUCCGUUGCUUCGACGCUCCCCGCCUACGGCGGCGAAAAUGCUGCUGCCGUCGAGCGACCCGCGAAACUGGCCGCUGCAGUCCAAUCGCCCCCCGCCGCCCGCGGCACUGGUAAAAGAGCUGUUGCUCCGCGUGCGGUUCCGCGGCCGGUAGUAAUGAGCGCGUAUGACGGCGUGCUGGACCCCGACCUGUUCGAGACCGCCGGCGAGUUGGGGCGCGGCGGGUUUGGCACGGUGGUGGCGAUGCGGCGAGUGGAGAGCGGCGAGGUGGUGGCGGUGAAGCGCGUGGCGCGCAAGCAGAUGGUGGCGGCGGCGAACGAGGCGAUGGUGGCAGCGUCGCUGAGCGAGUGCCCGGGCGUGCUGGGCGUGCGCGAGGUGCAUCUGGCCGACCACCACGCCCCCGCUGCGCCUGCGCGCGCCUCUCCUGCUGCCCGCCUCUGCGCGCCCGUCUCCUCGGCGCGCGCCGCCCCCAGGUUGGCCGCGGGGGCAGUGCGGCUGGCGGACUUUGGGUUGGCGCAGGUGGUGGCGGAGGGGCAGCGCGCGUGCAGCACUCCCGCAGGCACGCCCGGGUACAUGGCGCCUGAGGUGGAGGCCCUCUGCCGCCCUCGCUGCCCGCCCGCCCCUGGCGCCGCGAAGCAGGGAAGAGGAGCAGCGGCGAGAGCAGCAGGGGGAGAGGCGGAGGCAGGCGGGUAUUUGCAGGCAGCGGACGUGUGGUCGCUGGGGGUGACGCUGUUCGAGAUGAUCGCAGGCGAGCGGCCGUACGCGGGGGAGGCGCCUCAGCAGGGCGAGUGGCGCGCGCGCAUGGAGGGGGCAGCGUGGGAGGGCGUGUCGGAGGAGUGCCGCGCGCUGGUGAGCGGCAUGCUGAGAGUGCGCGCGGAGGAGAGGCUCACCAUGGCGCACGUGUGCCACCACCCCGCCAUGAUCCGCGCCUUCGGGGGCAGCGGGACGCGCAGUAGGAAGGGGUGGUGGUGA